CAGACUUUGCAUCCCAGACUGGAUGGGUUGUGGGGCGUCCGAGUUGACGACGAUGAUUGGUUGUGGAUUUUUUUUUUAAGGGAAGGGGGGGAAAAGCAAGAUGGCGACAAGCGAGAAGCAUCUCAACCCCUAAUUGGGGCACCUCCCACCCCCCCACCUCCAGGGCAGCAGGCCGAAGUGGGGAGAUACUUUGUGUGGUCCACAUUGGGGAACCUCGCGGGCCCGGGACUGUGGACAUGCCUGGCCCUAACCGUGACCCCACCAAGCCUCGGCUGUCACCCUGAGGAGGGAGGCUCCUUCUGCCUCUGUGCAGGGUACUCGGGGUCAUUCCACCAGCAACCCCUGCUCACCCACCUCUCCUUUGCUCUAAGGGUUAACACCAACAUCUUGCCUUCUUUGUAAUUUUAAAGGCAAACAGUUUGGCACAGCACAUUUUUGGCCAGGGUGAGCAGCUCAAACCUUCUAUUAGGCAGGAAAUUUUUCAACAGCUUGUCGCAUACUAUUAUCACAAAGUUUCUUACUUUACAACAGGUACCUAAGGACCUAAUUCCAUUCCCUUUGCUGUGUUAUUCUUAAAACAGCAAAUUGAGGUCUCUGGAGCCAGGGGGUGACAAAUGUUUAGAAAAGAAAAGGACAAUGACCUUUUAGAAGAAUCACUCAGCAGACCAGUACACACUGAAGAUGAUCAUAGAAUCACUCACUAUAUUAGAAUUGGAAGGCACAAGCUGGAGAUUUUACUGCAGCCUUCUCUGCUCUCCAGAUUCCUGUUCUUCCUGAAGAGGGGGAGCAUCAGAGAUCAGGAAAUAAAUGGCUUCUAUCCAUGCUGGCGGGUCCCAGGGGUUGGGUGGGGUGUCUCCUGUUGUUUCAGGCAUCUUUGGUGUUCGAGGAUUUAGCUGUCUAUUUCUCCAGAGAGGAAUGUGUGAGUCUGGACCCUUCUCAGAACCCUCUUUGCUGGGAAUGUGUGCCAAAGAAUUGCAAGGAUCUAAUCUCAUUUGCAGGAGACAACAAUGAAAAGGAAGAGGAAAAUUUUCAACAAGAAAAUCCAGAAAAUGGGGAAGUAGAAGCGGUGCCUUCGGAAUGGUACAAAAGAGACACUUCCCUGCAUCCUAGAUUGGGGAGGGAGUGUGAAAACGAACCAAGAUUCCCUGAUCAGAAAAGGGUAGGUAUGUCCCUACCUCAAGAAAAGAGAUUUAUAAGUCUUUUGAUUACAAUUGAAAAUUCCACUCAGUUUGAAGAACUUUCCCACUUUGUAGGAAGUAGAAUCUCUUGUCUCCAAGAACAGGCAGCACCAACAUCCUUUAAAUGUCUCCUGUGUGAUAAAGCCUUUAUCAAAAGAUCAUACCUUAUUUCACACCAGAGAAGCCACACGAGAACGAAACCCUAUAAAUGCACUGUCUGUGAGAAAAACUUCAAUAAGAAGUCAAAUCUCAGGGCUCAUGAGAGAGUCCAUACAGGGGAAAAGCCGUAUAAAUGUGAUGCUUGUGGGAAAAACUUUGCUCAGAGAUCCAACCUUGUUGCACAUGAGAGAAUACAUAAGAAAUCCCAAACAUAUGAAUGUGCUAAUUGGGGGGAAAACUUCAGUCGAAGAACACAUCUCAUCCAGCACGAGACCAUCCACCUAGUAGACAAUACUAAUAAAUGUGAUAAAUGUGGAAAAAGCUUCAUUUGUAAAUCAAAAUUUAUACAGCAUCAGAGAACCCAUACAGGGGAAAGACCCUACGAGUGUUCAACAUGUGAUAAAAGAUUUAGUCAGAAAUCAGAUGUUUUAAUUCACCAGAUAAUUCAUACUGGAGAGAAACCUCAUAAAUGUACUGAGUGUGGCAAAAGUUUCACUCAGAAAACAAAUCUUGCUAGGCAUAAGAAAACGCAUAUAGGACAGAAACCCUAUACAUGCAUUGACUGUGGGAAAAGUUUUGGUAUGCUUUCACAUCUUAUUACACAUCAAAAAAUCCACACAGGAGAGAAACCACAUAAAUGUAAUCAGUGUGGCAAAAAAUUCAUUUGGAACUCAGAUCUGAUACACCAUCAGAAAAUUCAUACGGAAGAAAAACCUUAUAAAUGUCUCAUAUGUAAGAAAAGAUUCACUAAGAAUUCAAAUCUUGCUGCCCAUCAUAAAAUUCAUACAGGAGAGAGGGCCCAUAAAUGUAACAAUUGUGAAAAGAGCUUCAGUCGGAGCUCACAUCUACUAACGCACCAGAGGAUCCAUACUGGAGAAAAACCUUAUAAAUGUCUCAUGUGUGAGAAGAAGUUCAACUGCAGUUCAAACCUCAUAACUCAUCAAAGAAUACAUACAGGAGAAAAACCAUAUAAAUGCACAAUGUGUGAGAAAAGUUUUAGUCGCAGCUCAGAUCUUGUUAAUCAUGAGAGAACCCAUACAGGAAUAAAACCAUUUAAGUGUGCUAUAUGUAAGAAAAGUUUCAGUCGAAGUUCUCACUUGGUAACUCACCAGAGAAUCCACACAGGAGAGAAACCCUUCAAAUGUGUAAAGUGUGGGAAAUGUUUCAGUGAUAAAUCGUACUUCAGUUACCAUCAAAAAAUCCACCUGCAUUAGGACUGAAGAAGUGAAGACUGUGUUCUUUUAGUUGGCAGAAGUUACUGAGAUGAAUGGAACUAACCAGUAACUCAGCAAAUGAGAUUAGGAUCUGAAGACUGAAUGGUUUGGGAAAUGUAAAGAUGAAGUUUAAUGUUCAGUUGUAUAAACAAAUAUUUUUCAUUUGUAUUGGUGUUAGUUAAAAGAUGAAUUGUUCAAGGUUAAUGACACCAGCCUGAAGAGAAAAGAUGCAACUGCCUUUCAUUAUUAAUUCCCACAAAGUUGUUUUAUUCCUCUCCCUUUAAUGCCAUUGUGUUUCUUAUGGUUGUGUUGUGGGAUGUGUAAGGCAAAGAAGCAUUGGGAUUGAAUGAAUAAAGAAUAAGUUUCUUAAAUUGGCUGAGAAUACCAGUUUAGUUGGAAAUAGAUAGAACCUUGGUGAACAAGAUUAGAAUUUGAAGACUGAGUGCCUCGGGCAGUGGAAAAAUAAAACUUAAAGUUCAGAUUUAUGAAUAAAUUUUAUAUUUGUGUUGGCUGGUCAAAACAUCAGAUGGAUUUUUCAAGGUAAAUGAUAUUAUCUUGGUGGAAAGUGAAGGGGCUAAGUUUUGUCAUUGUCCCCCACAACUAAAAUUGUUCCAUUGUCCUUUGAAAACAAUUUUGUUUCUUCAGGUUACAUUCUGAAGUGGUGAACAUGUCAUUCUCUAGCCUACUUAACUCCAAUUCAGUAAUAUCAUUAUUUGGUGAGAGUUCCAUUUUUCAAAUAUUUACAAACUAUCAUUCUGCUGCCCUAAUCAAAAACUAAGUGGGAUACAUGAUUAUAAAGUAAUGUAACUCAUUUCUUUUUUAAACAAUCAGGCCACAACUUUGAGGUUUCAAUGAGUGUUGGAACUUGCAAAGUAGUUCCCCCUUGGAAGCUACAAACAUAUUUCAUUGAUGCUGCUAUUGUUCGAGGCAUAUGUGGAACUCCUCUUUGGAGACUGGAUUUAGAGCCCCUCACAUACUACUUUUAAUAUUGCAAUCAUCCUUUGAAUGCGGAUUUGUUUUUUUGAAACAGUCAAAAUUUAUUCUGAGCCAAGAAUCAUGUGACCUGAUUCUUGGGUUUAAAAAACAAAGUCUGACUAAGAAGUAAUAAGACUAACUUUCUGUGUGUGUGCUUUGAAUGGAGUUCCCAAAGAGGAUUUGCUAAAGUGUUUUGAGCAGCGUCAUUGGAAUAAGGAUAUGGCUUCUCAAAGGCACUGCUGUGAAGACAACCUUCCUGUUAGGGGAUCAGAGAAGCAGUAUGACAUAGUGGAAGAAACCCUGGAGUCAGAAUAAUUAGGGUUUGAGCCCUGGUUCAGCCACUUACAAGUUGUCUGUGGGCAAGUAACCUCACCCUCUGGGCUCUGAUUUCUCCUCACUGUGAAAUGGGGCUAAUACCUUACAGCCACCUUACAGGGCAGUUGCAAGGAAACAGAUUUGUAAACUAUUAAGUACUCGAGGGGGGUUAUUUUGACGAGUAGAAGUUGUACAGUCUUUCCUAAAUUAGCCUUCUUAUUUAGGAGUCACACUCCUUUUUCAGUUUCUUUGGUCUUUUUUUUCAUAAAUGAAUCCCUUCAGCUCCUUAUCACUGUUAUGACUUCUCUUUUUCCCCGUUCUUUUGUUUUAUGAGAAAGGAGCACCUCAGAAGUCUCUGCUUUGAAAGGUCUUGUCUUGAAGAGCAGUCAAUAGAGAAGCAAAGGAAUAUAGCCACUUCUGGAUUAAUUACAUGGGGAUUGUCCUUAGUUCCAAAUUAUACAGAUAUUUUUGUUCAGAUGCAAUUGAAUAGUUCCCUCUAUAUGGUGGUGUCUGCUCCUCAAAAAUCUCAUGUAAAGUUAGAUUACUUUAACUGUGCUAGUGGAGUUUUGCCAUUCAAAGAAAGGCUCUGUGUGUGUGUGUGUGUGUGUGUGUGUGUGUGUGUGUGUGUGUAUUAAUGUGAAUGAUCCUCCUCCUCAAUCCCUGUCAUUUAACUUUUUUAAAAAAUAAAUCUAAA